AUGCCUAGCAAGAUUGUUGUUAAGAACCCUGUGGUUGACCUUGAUGGUGAUGAAAUGACCAGAAUCAUUUGGCAAUUGAUCAAGGAUAAGCUUAUUCUUCCCUACCUUGACCUUGACAUCAAGUAUUUCGAUCUUAGCGUUCAAAAUCGUGAUGCUACAGAUGAUCAAGUCACUGUGGAUGCUGCAGAGGCUAUCAAGAAAUACAAUGUAGGCAUUAAGUGUGCCACCAUUACUCCCGACGAAGCCCGUGUUGAAGAAUUUAAUCUUAAAAAGAUGUGGAAGAGUCCUAACGGUACUAUCCGUAAUAUCCUUAACGGUACCGUCUUCCGUGAGCCUAUUGUUGUCAAGACUAUCCCCAAACUUGUACCCGGUUGGACAAAUCCCAUUAUUAUCGGUAGACACGCUCAUGGUGAUCAAUACCGCGCAACUGAUUUUGUUACCCCUGGGCCCGGUAAAUUUGAGGUUGUCUUCACACCAGCUGACGGUUCCGAGCCUAAACGUAUGGAAGUCUUCAAUUUUGAAAAAACAGGUGGCGUAGGUAUGGCCAUGUACAAUACAGAUGAGUCAAUCGAAGGUUUCGCCCACGCAUGCUUCCGUCUUGCUCUUGAGCGUAAGAUGCCUCUCUACUUGAGUACCAAGAACACUAUCCUCAAGGCCUACGAUGGUCGUUUCAAGGAUAUCUUUGAGAGAAUUUAUGAAACUGAAUAUAAGGCUCAGUUUGAAGCUGCUGGUAUCUGGUACGAACAUCGUUUGAUCGAUGACAUGGUUGCUCAAGCACUUAAAUCCAAUGGCAACUUUGUGUGGGCUACCAAGAACUAUGAUGGUGAUGUUCAAUCAGAUAUUAUUGCUCAAGGUUACGGUUCCUUGGGUUUGAUGACUUCUGUUCUUUAUACACCUGAUGGAAAGACAGUAGAAGCAGAGGCUGCUCAUGGUACGGUCACUAGACACUAUAGAGAGCAUCAAAAGGGUAACAAGACAUCUACAAAUCCUAUUGCUUCCAUCUUUGCUUGGACUCGUGGUCUUGCUCAUCGUGCCAAGUUGGAUAACAAUGAUGACUUACUCCAAUUCUGUAAGGAUUUGGAAAGAGCCUGUAUUGAAACAAUCGAGGUCGAUAAACAUAUGACCAAGGAUUUGGCUUUGAUCAUUUACGGCAAGAACAUGACAACCGAACACUAUUCAACAACCGAAGUCUUCUUACAGCAAAUUGCCGAUAAAUUAGCUUCCAUUCGUGUUCGUUCUUCCCUUUAG